CUGCUGCCCCAGGUUCCGGCUCUGCCUCCACUCUGGAGGUAGUGAAACUGUGGAAGAAACACCUCAUUUGAUUUUCCUGAUCUGACAGCAAAGAUGUCUGCAGAUGGUGGCGGCAGCCAGGCUGCCUGGGACCUGGAGGGGUCCCAGCAGGAGCUCAAUCAACAAAUGCAGUCUGGGCCAGAGGAAACAGUACCUUUGGGAGCCACUGGGGAGUCGCCACACAUCAAGGUGGAGCCUGAAGAGUUGUGUCCUGAGGAGGCCUCCAAGGAGGGCAUGCAGGGCUGGGUGCCUCUGAGCCGUGGCUCUCAGGAGAAAGCCCUGUUUCUGCCUGGUGCAGCCCUGCCCUCCCCCCUGCUCCCCGUGCUCUCCCGUGAGGGGAGGACCAGAGACCGGCAAAUGGCCGCCGCACUCCUCACCGCCUGGUCCCAGAUGCCAGUGACUUUUGAGGACGUGGCCCUGUACCUGUCCCGGGAGGAGUGGGGUCAACUGGACAACACACAGCAGGACUUCUACAGGGAUGUGCGACAGAAGAGGAAUGGGAUGGCCUUGGGCUUUUCCUUCUGCAGGCCUUUCUGCGCUGCCCACGUGCAGAGGAAAGGCGAGGCCUCCAGCUCUGGAGAGGAGAGAGACACAUGUGCAGAACCCCUGGAGGCAGGGCAGGAGGCUUUUGCCCCCUUUGCGGCAGCCCCUGGCGACGUGAAGCCCUUCCGGAGCAGAGUGGCAGCCCCAGGGGGCAUCCUGCAGGGCGGGCACAAAGCAACUGGUGGUCCAGGUGCCGCGGAGCCUGGUCCCCUUGAAGAGACACAGCCAAAGCCAGGCCAGAAGCCCCAGGAAGGCCAUAUCCACGAGAAACCCAGCGAGGAGAAAGGCAUCUCAGAGAGUGGCGAGGAUGAGCUGGGUCCUGACAGUGAGCUGGGCAAAAAAACCUACAGGUGUGAGCAGUGCGGCAAGGGCUUCAGCUGGCACUCACACCUGGUGACCCACCGGCGCACGCACACUGGCGAGAAGCCCUACGCCUGCACAGACUGCGGCAAGCGCUUCGGCCGCAGCUCACACCUCAUCCAGCACCAGAUCAUCCACACCGGCGAGAAGCCCUACACCUGCCCAGCCUGCUGGAAGAGCUUCAGCCACCACUCAACCCUCAUCCAGCACCAGCGCAUCCACACCGGCGAGAAGCCCUAUGUGUGCGACUGCUGCGCCAAGCGCUUCACGCGCCGUUCAGACCUGGUCACCCACCAAGGCACUCACACGGGUGCCAAGCCGCACAAGUGCCCCAUCUGUGGCAAGUGCUUUACACAGAGCUCGGCGCUGGUCACCCACCAGCGCACCCACACAGGGGUCAAGCCCUACCCGUGCCCCGAGUGUGGCAAGUGCUUCAGCCAGCGCUCCAAUCUCAUUGCCCACAACCGCACACACACGGGUGAGAAGCCCUACCACUGCCUUGAUUGUGGCAAGAGCUUCAGCCACAGCUCGCACCUCACCGCCCAUCAGCGCACGCACCGUGGCGUGCGGCCUUACUCCUGCCCAUUGUGUGGCAAGAGCUUCAGCCGGCGCUCCAACCUGCACCGGCACGAGAAGAUCCACACCACGGGGCCCAAGGCCCUGGCCAUGCUGAUGCUGGGUGCUGCAGCGGCAGGGGCACUGGCUGCACCUCUGCCUGCCCCCACCUAAGAGGCCAAGACAGGGACUGGGGGGACCUGGGACUGCCCAAUUGGAGUUAAGGUCCAGAGAGGAGUGAGGGCCUUGACACCUGGUGG